UUGCAAGUGAGAGUGCCACAUUUGUUUAUCGCAAUUGCAAUGUUGUUUGGUCACCCUGUACACGUGCGUAUCCUGCAAGUCGCCGAACACACCCCCUCAUGCAUCCCUUCGUCAUACUCGGGCACCCCACUCCCACGCGAAGAUGCUGCAAACAUGUAAACAUUGUGUCCAUUGGAGCAAGCGUAUCCUGGCUUUGGAUCAAAGCUGGUUGGUGUGCAAGCGUGGGUGAGCUUUUCUCAAUUACCACGUGUACUUUGACGUGGUUGGCAUUAUUGGACGUAGGACGUAGCGCGCAGUCGUUUACAUUCAUUGUUGAAUGCUCAUUCUGCUUUCAGAAAUCGCGUAGAUAGUUUGUCGAACGUACGUAUAACGGUGAAGUGCUGUUUACGUUGGAUAUUAUUAACAUUAACUACCUGUUACACACGGAACAACAAUCGGAAAUACAUAAGUAGUGGAACGCAUCCGUCACAUCAACAGCACCAGUUGCCAGAAUGAGGUCUAUUGAGCUGUCGGCUCCUUGGCAGGAAGAGGAUGAAGACGUUGAAGUAGAAGACAUGGACACAGGAAAAUCGAAUAGCAGGACGGAAGAUCUAACAGAGUCCAGUAGUGACGAAGCUACGGGGAAGAAAAUGGCAAGGAGGAGGAUAGGGGGCAGCAGCACAAGCAGCGGAUCCAUCGGCGGUACCACGACAACGGGUCGAAGACGUAAAACUGGCAUCAGUGCACGAGAAAGAAAUCUCCGAAGGCUCGAAAGCAACGAAAGAGAAAGAAUGAGGAUGCAUUCACUCAACGAUGCAUUCGAGCAACUUAGGGAGGUAAUUCCACACAUAAAAAUGGAAAGGAAGCUUUCCAAAAUAGAAACGCUUACACUGGCGAAAAAUUACAUAAUGGCCUUAACGAAUGUCAUAUGUGAGAUGAGAGGAGAAGAAAAACAUUACACAUUUCAGGAUGCGCCUGAUGAUAAAGACCAAGUGGAGUCGGAGACGACGAUAAGCGAACCGAAUAGCGAACAAAACAACAAUUCGGUAUUCCAGCAGAACCUCGAACUGUCGCAGGACAAUCCGUACAUGAACACGCGCUAACAGAGCAGCAGCGAUUCUCUUCUCGGAAGUAUAGAUUUAAGUUUUUACAUUAAAAACGAAGUCAGAUAAGAGAAUUUGAGACCUGAUCGGUAUAUAUUGUUUUUAAUAUAUUUUAGUAUAUGCAAUUUUAUGCAAACGAUGAGAAGGAAAAGGAAACUACCUAGCCGUUGUUAAAGCAACACUUAAACCUUUUUACAGAGGUAUACAUUAUACUUUUUAAAUAAAUAAGGGACGACUGUAGAUAUCUGGAUGAUGAGACCAUUGGUGGGAGGUGGUAGGGGGUGUAGAGACAGGUCUAAUGACUCCAUUUGUUACUUAAAGAUUUGGGACUGGGAGGUAGUCGCUCAGAGGGAGGAACUGAAUCAUUGAAUACUAGAAUCGACCUUCUAUAGAGUCAUCUUCCUCCCCCCCCCAUCAACUGAUGGUCCUAUCACCUGACAUUUACCUUCGGUUAUUACUGAAGAAAAAUAAAGGUAAAUGUCUAGGUGAUAAGAUCGUUAGUGGAAGGCAGAAGAGGGGGCAAAAGGAGAUCAAUGGUUGGAUGACUCCUUUUUAAAAGUUAAAACAUUGGGACGGGGAGGAGGUCAGUCAGGGGGAUAAUGGUGAAAAAUUGAAUACUAGAAAAGAAACCAAUGUAAUCUAACCUAUAUUUUGCUUUCCACGUCCUCCCCUUGUGCCUUUACCUUGCCGCCCUUACCUACAAAAACUUUGUUAGUGUUCUACAAAGUCAUCCUCAUCCUUCCCCCCCCUCCCCCCGACUGAUGGCCCCAUUAUCUAGACAUUUACUUUUGAUUAUUAUUGCUGAAAAAAGUUAAUGUAAAUGUCUAGGUGAUGAGAUCAUUAGUGGGAGGCAGUAGAGGGGGCAAAGAGAGAUCAGAGAUUGGAUGACUCCUUUUUAAAAGUUAAAACAUUGGGACGGGGAGGAGGUCUGUGGUGAAAAAUUGAAUACUGGAAAAGAAACCAAUGUAAUCUAACUGAUAUUCUACUUUCUAUGUCCUCCCAUUGUGUCUUUACCUCUCCAUCCUUACCUACAAAAGCUUUGUUAGUGUUCUACAAAGUCAUCCUCAUCCUUCCCCCCCGACUGAUGGCCCCAUUAUCUGGACAUUUACUUUUGAUUAUUAUUAUUGCUGAAAAAAAUUAAGGUAAAUGUCUAGGUGAUGAGAUCGUUAGUGGGAGGCAUUAGGGAGGGUAAAAAGAGAUCAGAGGUUGGAUGACUUUUUUUUGGUAGUUACAAAGUUGAGAUGGGGAGAGGCCAGUCAGAGGAAUGGUGGUGAAAAUUAAAUACUGGAAAAGAAGCUAACCAGUAUCUAGUUUUUCACGUCCAUCCCUUGUGCCUUUACUUCUCCGCCUUUACCUACAAAUGCUUUUUUAGUGUACCACACACCUUCACCCUGACCUAUGGUCCCAUCAUCUAGACAUUUAAUAGUCAGACACUAGGUACAUGGGGCUGGGAAAGCCCAAAAUAUACAAAAUAUACUAUUGCUAUUAACUUCUGCCUUUUUCAUGUAUACUUGUCUCGUUCUAAAGUCUAAACAUAUGUAGAUGUGUGUGUAAUUUAUAAAUUAGGGUGAAAUUCGAUUCAAUAGAUUACACGCUACGUUGUGUCCAAAAACACAAAAGACAUAGUGAAUAUGAACCAGACGAAUGAAAACACUUUGUUCGAUGAACCACCACACCACCAAAAUUUUUGCAACGGUGCAUAUCUGAAAGUCAUUUUUCUAUUUAAAGAUGUGAACUGUCUUGUCUUAUCCAAUUCGAUUACCAUAGCUAGUACUUAAA